GAUUGCGAGAAAGCUAACGAAAAGUGGACCUAGUGCCGCCUUGUACUUACUACUAAAACAAUGGCUCCGCUUAGCAAUAAUCCAGCGGAAAAGGACAGGUUUAUCUGCAUAUACCCCUCAUACGUAAACAGUAAGAAGACUCUUGCAGAGGGGAGACGGAUACCUGCUGAAAAGGCAGUGGAGAACCCUACCUGUGCUGAGAUCAGUGAUGUGUUGACAGCAGCUGGGGCCAAGGUUCUUGUAGAGAACAAGAUGUACCCCAGAGAAUGGAACAGAGAUGUGACCUUCAGAGGGAGAGUGCGUGUUCAGUUGAAAGAGGAGGAUGGGACUCUCUGCUCUGAAAAGUUUGCCACGCGUAAAGACGUGAUGAUAUACUGUGCUGAGAUGAUCCCCAAACUGAAGACGCGGACCCAGAAGGGUGCGGGUGCUGACUCAGGUUCACAGCAAGGGGACGGAGGCAAGAAAAGCAAGAAGAAGAGGAAGUAGUGUCCACUUAGUCAUGCAGAGGAAGAAAACUGAGGAGAAACGGGCCCAGUGUCGAGCAGAUAUCGACUCCACAUCCUGUUUAGGCCAACAUGAUGCGUUAGCCAGUGACACAGUUCAAAGUCAUAUAUAGUUUCUCAUCACAAAGUAAUUAAAGUUGUUUUUUUUAACGCGUGUCUGUUUUUAUUUAAGUUGCUGAAUGACUGUCAGGGGGUUUAUGAAAUUAGGAUUAUUGAUCCACUUCUAUUUCUGAGAUCGAGAAAUAAUAUUUUAGUCUAUUAUUUAAUAUUUUAGUCUACUAUUUAAGCUAUGAGAUGUGUCAUUACUUAUUAUUUUACCAAUUCAUUUUAGUUUUCACAUUUUCCCUUUUUUGCCCUCAUCUUUGUUUAAGUAGAAAAUUUAAAAAUAAAUUCCUUCAGGUCAAAAAU